CAGCGACCUGCGAAGCGGCGGAGGCUCGAUGACACAGCACCGCGCAGGUCCGCGUCACGCGCCGCGUCGCCGCCUUGGAAGUCUUUCCUCGCAGAAGGUCCAACCACUAUCAUAACGGACGACGGUAUUAGGAAGUCGGGCAGAGUGAACAGUCAAGCUCCUCCGCCAUCAACACCAACGCCUGCGAGACGAAACGCGCAUAAUGCCGGCAAGUCGACUCAAACAAAUGGGGCGGCAAAGAACAGUGCCAGGCAACAGAAAUCGAAAGCCGCAUCCGGCGCAGGAAAUAUGGUGAAAACUCGGCCUACAGGAGGAAACGUGAGGAAGCUGCCAGCGACCCAGAGCUCGCCUCCUACGAGGAAGUCCGAACGCCAGAGAAGGCCAUCCGCAGCGGCUGCCGCAGGUCUUGCAUCUCCAAGAAUUCCCCUUACGCCGGAAACUACACGAAAUCGCCCUGGAAGGCCCCGAAAGCAACCGCAGCCGUUCGGUUCUGCUGCCACUGAUGACGUUCAUAGCACGCCUAAGCAGUCCUUCGAUCCAACCUCUGAUGGUUCGGCGCCUCGCCUCAGAAUUCGCUUUCGCAAGCCCGAUCCACCAAGCCGGCAUCCCCACCAUGCCCCCGCCCUAGCCAAGUUUGCGUCAUUCGAUGAUUGGCUGCGGAAUGAUGAUCCGCUUGAAGGGGAGGAGUCGCAAAGGAUAACGCACGAUAAAGCGGAGGAGGAGGCUCGGCGCCGCUUGAGGAUUGUAGACGCUGCAGAAAGAGGUGUCCUCAGUCAGGCACAGUGCAGCAUCUACCUUCCUGAGCCGGCUGAGGAACCGCCUCCUCACUACGGUCAUUGGGAUCACGUCGUUUCACACGCUCUGAAGUUCAAUAAGCUAUUGAGAGAGGAGCAGAUGAGACAUCGGAAGAACGCUAAGCUACUGGCUCGAGAGGCCUUCGACUAUUGGAAGGAGAAGUACAAGACCAAGUCUCGAGAAGAGAUUGAGCAGGAAGAGAGGGACCGUGUAGUGCUUCGGUACAAGCAACUGGUCAAAGACCUCAAGGAUGCCUGGGCAAAUGUCCGACUCGAAGUGGAUAAAGAGCGUUUUGCUAGGUGGGAGGAGGAACAAGUUCGCCUCGGCCAUAAAGCCAUGGACCACAUGUUCGAUAAGGCGCGAGAGGUUCUCGGGAGAGGCAUAGUUGACUCAGCAUCAUCUAUGGUCAGCGAGGAUCAAGAUUCGGAAUCCGAAGACGACUCUGUGGUCUACGCCUCCGACAAUUCCGACGAGUCGAACGAUGAAAACAUGUCCUCAACCGCCGAAAGCGACUCCGAUCAGGGUUCCGCUGACGAGGACGCAAACCUCACCACUGAACAGCUCCGCGAAAAGUAUGGUCAACUUCCUGAUAUUUCCCAUGCCAGUUCCGACGAGGAUGACGAGUCUGAGGCUGAGAGCGCGGAGGACGACGGUGCAGAGCGUACACCUGAACCUACCCCAGAUCCCGACAUAGCAAUGGAAGACAGCGGCGAUGCGCCCAAUGGUGCACACACUAAUGGCUUUCACGUUGCUGAGGAUGAAAAGCCUGACGGCAUAGAUCCCGCAACUGUCGAACUCGAAGAGGUCGACGAUAUUUUGUUGGAUUCUGAUGAAGGCGAAAGCAUCAAGUCCGAAUCAGGAAGUGAAGAGUGGUCCAGUGAUGCGGAGACAGACGAAGAAGAACGGUCAAAUUCUGGCUCUGAAGAUGGCGAUGACCUUGGUGUUAUGGGUUUUCUAACCUCCAGCGAGAUCAAGAAGUUGAAGGAAGCUGAAGCAGCAAAAGUCAGAGCUGAUGAAGACAAUGUCAUGACCGAAGCAUCACCCGUCGUUGAAGCGAACCCCAGUACGCCCCUGGAGGAGCAUUCCUUGGAUAUGAAAGUCGACGAUUCUGCCAAUCUGGAUGAGCCACCUGAUGCAGAGCACACCGUCCACCAUACUUCAACAAUGUCUAAGCACUUGAUAGAGGAGACGGAGCCACAGGCCCCUGAGAAGCUUGCACCAGAUAAGACUGUAUCACGCAGCAGAUCACGUCAUACGUCCUCCCCACCUCGGACGGAGAUACCUUCGCUCCUUCGUGGGACGCUUCGGGAGUACCAGCACGAUGGACUUGAUUGGCUAGUCAAUCGCUACGAUUCAGACUCAAAUGGAGCAAUUCUGGCCGACGAGAUGGGUCUUGGAAAAACAAUUCAGACCAUAGCUCUUCUUGCAUAUAUUGCUGUCAAUCGCGGAAAAUGGGGUCCACAUCUUGUGGUCGUACCAACCAGCGUCAUGCUCAAUUGGGAAAUGGAAUUCAAGAAGUGGUGUCCUGGCUUCAAAAUCCUAACAUACUACGGAGACGUCAACGAACGGAAGAGGAAACGAAUCGGUUGGCGUAACGCUGGGCGAGACAUGUAUAACGUCGUAAUCACGUCCUAUCAACUCGUCCUCCAAGACGCUGCGGCAUUCAAACAGCGCAGUUGGCAGUACCUGAUCUUAGACGAAGCACACAACAUCAAGAACUUCAAAUCCCAGCGUUGGCAGACCAUGCUGACCCUCAGGACUGAACGCAGGCUGCUUCUGACCGGAACUCCGCUGCAGAAUAAUGUCGACGAGCUUUGGUCUUUACUGUACUUUACCAUGCCCGGAGACGGUCGUAUUGCCGGUUUCGAGGAAUUCAUGAUGGCUUUGAAGAACCCGACGACCCAGAUCCUGGAACAAGGCCGGCAACAGCUUGACGAACAGGGCCAGAAGUUGGUCAAGAAGAUGCAUGAGGUCCUGCGGCCCUACCUGUUGCGACGGUUGAAAGCGGAUGUUGAGAAACAGAUGCCCGCGAAAUACGAGCAUGUUGUGUAUUGCAAACUCUCGAAGCGCCAGCGCCAACUUUAUGAUGGCUUCAUGGGCCGGGCAUCUACCAAGCAAAUCCUUGCGUCCGGCAACUAUAUGUCUAUCAUCAAUUGCCUCAUGUCUCUCCGGAAAGUCUGCAAUCAUCCGGAUCUUUUUGAGACAAGAUCUAUCGUAACUUCCAUGGCGAUGCGACAGUCUGUACCAGGAGCAUAUACGAUCAAGGACUUGCUCGUACGGAAACGAUUACAGGAGAGGAUGGACGAGGAGGUCAAUCUGGAUGCUCUCAACCUUGUGUUUGCGCAUCGAGAGCGUACUUCUAUGCUCCAUGCGCGUCGUGCGCAGCAGAUUAGGGCGACACGUCCUCUGCAAGACCUCGUCGAGCGGCAAACUCGUCGUUUGAACACACCAGUCGCGCCUUCAAGUUCGGUCAUGGAAAGAGCACUCUCGGCUUUUGAGAGACGGACAAACAUAGCUGUGAAGGACCAUCUUGAAUCGUGCUUGCGGCUCACUCAAUCUCGCACCCAGCUCCUACCAAUAUACGGCAAGGGUCUCAUUGACCUGAUCACCGAAGAUUAUCAAGACUUCAGGUUUGGGGCUUACGAGCAUGGCUACACUGUUAGAACGAUCGAGACCACCCAAUCUAAAGGCCAGGGCCUUCAGACCGUAUCUUCCAUGAUCCAGCAGGUGAUCACUCAGCCGCGCAAGAAGCUGCGAUAUGGGUUCCGUGCACCCCGAAGCCCCAGUCAAGCAGGGCAAUGGAACUUCAACCAGAUCUCGCUAUUCAAGUCUCUGAUACCAACUUUGGAGGAACGAGCCGAAUCCCUUGAGCAAACGAUCGCCCAGUUCACUUGCGUAACUCCCGCCGUUUACGCCGAGGACGUUGUCAGAUUCACAGUCUCCGAGCCUAUCAUCGACCUAGUAAGAUCGUCGCCCAUUGUACGAACCAGUGACCCUUUCCAUGAACCGCGAAUCCGUCAGUCAAUCGCGUUCCCAGACAAGCGCCUUCUGCAGUACGAUUGUGGCAAGCUCCAGCGUCUGGCUGUGUUGCUUCGGACAUUGCAGGCCGGCGGGCAUCGCGCCCUGAUAUUUACCCAGAUGACCAAGGUCCUCGAUAUCUUGGAGCAGUUCUUGAACAUCCACGGGCAUCGAUACUUGCGUCUUGACGGAGCCACCAAGGUCGAGCAGCGCCAGAUCUUGACGGACCGUUUCAACAAUGACCCUCGCAUUUUCUGCUUCAUCCUUUCUUCCCGCUCCGGUGGUCUGGGGAUCAACCUCACAGGCGCCGACACCGUCAUCUUCUACGACUUGGACUGGAACCCAGCUAUGGACAAGCAAUGUCAAGACCGCAGCCACCGCAUCGGCCAAACCCGCGAAGUCCACAUCUACAAAUUCGUCAGCGAAUACACGAUUGAAGCCAACAUCCUCCGCAAGUCCAACCAGAAGCGGCUUCUCGACGACGUCAUCAUCCAGAAGGGAGACUUCACAACGGACUACUUCAACAAGGUGAGCUGGCGCGAUGCGCUCGAGGGCGAGGAGCCCGUCGACGAGGCCGGGGCUGCCAUGGACCGAGUCCUGGGCGAGAAGGUGGGGCUGCUGGGAGAUGCAAAGGUCAUGCGUAGCGUGGAAGACACCGAGGAUCAGAAUGCAGCGAAUGUUGCGCAAAAGGAGAUUGUGGACGAGAUCCAUGAUGACCAAGUCGAUUUCAACGAGUCGUCGUCGGCUCCUACGCCGGCGAAUCUCGCAACGAGGAAUCCGUCUGAAGCGGUUGGUGAUGUCGGUGCUGAGAAGCCUAGGGAAGAUGAUGGCGAGCGCAGGCAUGUGGAUGAGUAUAUGUUGGAUUGGUUCCGCGAGGAGUAUGGCAAGGAGCCGUAUAAACCGCCGACGGAUCGGCAGAGGAGGAGGAAUAAGAAA